AUGGCCUCUGCCACGUCAACACCCACGCCCAUUCCUAUGCUAAAACCUAUGCCGUCGGCGCUGACGUUUGAGCUGAUAGCCCGUUGCUCCACCACUAAAGCCCGCGCUGCCAACCUCACUCUUCCUCAUGGCCCCGUCCAACUCCCUCUCUUCAUGCCGGUUGCGACCCAAGCAUCGCUCAAAGGAUUGACGCCUCAUCAGCUCGAGGCUACCGGCUGCCGAUUAUGCCUCAAUAACACGUACCAUUUAGGACUGAAGCCUGGACAAGAAGUGCUAAAAGCAGUUGGCGGAGCACACAAGCUGCAAGGAUGGAAGCAUAAUAUCUUGACUGAUAGUGGAGGUUUCCAGAUGGUCAGUCUCCUCAAGCUCGCAAACAUCACAGAAGAAGGUGUUCGGUUCCUCAGUCCCCACGAUGGAACGCCUAUGCUCCUGACGCCUGAGCAUUCAAUCGACCUCCAGAACACAAUCGGCAGCGAUAUCAUCAUGCAGCUCGAUGAUGUAGUUAUCACCACAUCCCCCGAUGCUGCACGCAUGCGCGAGGCAAUGCACCGUAGCAUCCGCUGGCUCGACCGAUGCAUAACCGCACACGCGAACCCGACCACGCAAAACCUUUUCUGUAUCAUACAAGGCGGUCUUGAUCUCGAGAUGCGGGCAGAAUGCUGCAAGGAAAUGGUGGCGAGAGACACACCGGGGAUUGCAAUCGGAGGGUUGAGCGGCGGCGAAGCAAAGGAUGAUUAUUGCCGGGUGGUCAAUACCUGCACAGGCCUCCUUCCGGAGAUGAAACCAAGAUAUGUGAUGGGAAUUGGGUAUCCGGAGGACCUGGUGGUUAGUGUUGCGCUGGGCGCAGAUAUGUUCGAUUGCGUUUGGCCCACCCGAACAGCGCGGUUCGGAAACGCCAUCACCGCACACGGCCUUCUAAAUAUUCGGCACGCGAGAUAUGCGAAUGAUUUCGGGCCUGUGGAGGAGGGCUGCGGAUGUAUGUGUUGUCGGAAAAAGGAGGAUGGUGGGCUGGGAAUCACGAAAGCUUUCGUCCAUCAUCUUGCGUCUAAGGAGACUGUUGGUGCCCAUCUUCUUACGAUACAUAAUGUGUGGUAUCAGCUUGCGUUGAUGACGAGUAUGAGGGAGGCUAUUAUAGAGGAUCGAUUCCCUGCUUUUAUAAAGAAGUUUUUCGACGAUUAUCAUGGGGCGGAUAAGACUAAGUACCCGGAUUGGGCGAUCAAGGCAUUGAAGAUGACUCAAAUUAGAUUUGAAAACACUUCAAUCAGAACACCUAAAAGGUACCAAAAUUCAAAUCCCGCGCGUAAAACCCUACCCAUCGCCUAUUGCCAUGACCAUAUGAUUGAGGAAGCCUAG